AUGGCGGUCAUGCAUCAACCGCUACCCGACGCUUCCUACAACGCACCCAAAAUCAACGUGAACGGCGUCCAACUGCAAGUCGUGGACAAUGUCACCUACCUAGACCGCACCUUCUCCCGUAACACCAAAAUCGACGAUGGAGUGGUCCGCCGGAUUUACAAAACCAGCCAAACCUUCGGCUACCUGCAAAGCACCGUCUGGAAUCGACAUGGUCUCCAUCUCAACAUCAAACUAAAGAUGUACAAGGCAGUCAUCCUGCCGACGCUGAUGUAUCUGGAAUACGUACAAGAUGCAGGCGCGAAUACUCAAUCACUUCCCCCUCAGUUGUCUCCGACGGAUACUGAAGUUGAGAUGGCAAAACCAGAUCCCGGACACAGACUUACUGGAACGAGCGGGAGUCCUCCACAUCUACACCAUACUGAAACAAUUGCAACUGCACUGGAGCGGCCAGGUCGUGCGGAUGGACGACAUACGUCUGUCCAAACGGCUCAUCUAUGUACCCACUGGUUUCCGCCGACAAGGAGGUCAAGUGCGGCGUUACAAAAGCACCCUGGAAAUCUCCCUGAAGCGUUGCAAAUCAACCCGACCAACUGGGAAGACCUUGCUCAGGAGCGACCGACUUGGAGGAGAGCCGUGAAGACAGAUUCAGCAAUCUACGAAGUCAACUACAUCACCGUCACUAAAGCCAAACGCGAGAGACGCAAAUCUCAGCCGCCGACGCCGCCGCCGCCGUCUCACGACGCCAACGCCCAACCGUCUCCAACGUGUCCGCGAUAUCAACGGACAUUCUAA